UGCAAAGUGCAGAAAGAGAGAAAGACAGAGGAGAUACACACUUCAGGACAACACGGAAUUUAAUUGUACACAGAACUGCUGAAAGAAACAGGACAAAGGCAAAGCCAGAAUAUAUAUAUAUAUAUAUUUGGAGAUUUGCACACCUACAUCACUAAUUCAACAUAAUGGAAAUCCCAGACAUAUCCUCUAUUGAAUUACACAGUCGACCUAAGAUAUUUGAAUUUGAGGGUAUCUCAAUGAUCGACUUCUUUACUAAAAACUGGGAAAAGGUGAAAAACUUUCAAGCAAGACCUGAUGACAUUCUAAUCGCAACUUACCCCAAAGCAGGCACCACUUGGGUUUCUUAUAUUCUAGACCUUCUGUAUUUUGGCAAGGAUGAUCCAGAGCGCCAGUCAACCCAGCCUAUCUAUAUGAGAGUGCCAUUCCUGGAGUCUUGUUUUCCAGGGUUGCCAUCAGGCACGGAACUGGCUGAUAACCUGCCAACUUCUCCUCGCCUUAUCAAAACUCAUUUACCUGUUCAACUUGUUCCCAAGUCCUUCUGGGAGCAGAACUCAAAGGUGGUGUAUGUAGCUCGGAACGCAAAAGACAAUGUGGUUUCCUAUUUUCAUUUUGACCGAAUGAACCAUGGACAGCCUGAACCAGGAGACUGGGACACCUUCCUGAAAGCUUUUUUGGAAGGAAAGAGGGUGUUUGGUCCUUGGUUCGACCAUGUCAGUGGAUGGUGGGAGAAAAAAAACACAUAUCCUAACUUACACUACAUGUUCUAUGAGGAUAUGGCGAAAGACAUUAAUGGCGAAGUAGAACGUUUGUGCGCUUUCUUGAAAUUGUCACGGUCAGAUGAAGAGAAGGAGAAAAUAAUAAAUGGCGUUCAGUUUGAUGCCAUGAAACAGAACAAGAUGACCAACUACUCCACUAUCCCAACAAUGGAUUUCAAGAUCUCGCCGUUCAUGCGGAAAGGUAAAGUUGGAGACUGGAAAAAUCACUUUACCGUGGCACAGAAUGAACAGUUCGAUGAGGACUACAAACAGAAGAUGAAGAAUCCCACUCUCAAUUUCCAAACUGAGAUUUAAUACUUCUGCGUGAUUAUUUAACCAGGAUUAUGUGUACAAGCGGGCACCGCCAUUGGAAUCUUUUUGGCUCGAGACUUCUGUUCUCAUUCAUUUACAUUGAUUUUUAGACGUUAAAACAGCUCCUUAUGCUGCUUGAUGUUUCAAACUGAUAUUUUCUUAUUAUAUUAUUCUAAUUUGUAUAGUCAUGAACACACUUGUUUGUAGAGCAAGUCAUUUGACCGUUUUCGUCCGUUUAUUUUUACUAGUCAUUUCUCCCAUAGGCAACUGAAUAGGAAGUUCUAAAACAAUCGAGAGCACUUCUUCAUCGCAGAACAAGGUCAAUACACACCCACAAUACAUGUGAUUUUUAUUUAGAGUAUUAUUGGUUGAACAUCCUAAAAUUUUCAAAUGACAGUGGAAAACACUGGAUUACCAUCAUCUCAAAGCGAUCAGAUCAGAUGUCCUGUUGCUGUGUUCCUGCAGCUCCCCCAACAGCUCAAAACUGUGGCUGAGAAUCACUGUCCUGUAGCAAAACUGCAUGCAGUAAUAAGUCAAAUACACCUCCUUUAAAUCUGCUCUUAUUCACCUGGUCUAAAUCUGUGUGAUGUGUUAUAGGUUACAGUUUAUUUUUGAAGUUACAAAUUGAAACAUACAUAGCCUAAAUUAGCUAGUGCACAUAGCUAGUGCACCUGACGGUUGUUUAAGUUUUUACAUAUUUAUAGUUACAUGUUUAAGGUUUUACAUGUUUAUAAUAUUCUGAUAAAUUAUUUUGACUAUCGUUUAAUUAAUUAUUGGUGCUAUGAUCAACUGAAUUACACCUGCUGUCUACAGGUUACAACACAAAGUGAUGUUCUUCAAUAUUUAAAGAUGCCAUGGAUAGACAUAGCUGAAUAUAGUCAAUUGGAACAAAACACAAUAAUAUGCACACCCCAGGUGCCAUUUCAUUGGUCACAGCAUUUCCUAAUGAGAUUAAUGUGCCUUUACUAAAUAAGUGCUGGGAUAUAUCUGAUAGACAGCAGCUGCGCUUCUUUUUUGUUGCUUUUAAGCUUGUUUUAAUAUGUCUUUAAUCGUUUUAAUCAUCAGUUUUUAUUUCUUGUGCUCAUUGUGUGAUUCCUUUAUGAUUCAUUAUCUCGUUUGUGUAAAGCACUUUGAAUUGCCAUUGUGUAUAAAAUGUGCUAUAUAAAUAAACUUGCCUUACCACAAUA